CGCCUCCGCCGCGCCCUCCUAGCCCGGGAUGGGCCCCCCCGCCGCCGCCGGAGCCCUCGCCUCCCGGCCGCCGCGGUUGAGCUCGCCGCGCUCGCCCUGAAGCCCGGGCCCUCGCGCGCAGCGGUUCGCUCCGCAGCCUCGCCCCCUGCCCACCCCGGCGGCCGUAGGGCGGUCACGAUGCUGCCGCCCGCGCCCUCCCGCCUCGGGCUGCUGCUGCUGCUGCUCCUGUGCCCAGCGCACGUCGGCGGACUGUGGUGGGCUGUGGGCAGCCCCUUGGUUAUGGACCCUAUCAGCAUCUGCAGGAAGGCACGGCGGCUGGCGGGGAGGCAGGCCGAGUUGUGCCAGGCUGAGCCGGAAGUAGUGGCAGAGCUAGCCCGGGGCGCCCGGCUCGGGGUGCGAGAGUGCCAGUUCCAGUUCCGCUUCCGCCGCUGGAACUGCUCCAGCCACAGCAAGGCCUUUGGACGCAUCCUGCAGCAGGACAUUCGAGAGACGGCCUUCGUGUUCGCCAUCACCGCGGCGGGCGCCAGCCACGCCGUCACGCAGGCCUGUUCCAUGGGCGAGCUGCUGCAGUGCGGCUGCCAGGCGCCCCGCGGGCGGGCCCCUCCCCGGCCCUCCGGCCUGCCCGGCACCCCCGGACCCCCUGGCCCCGCGGGCUCCCCGGAAGGCAGCUCCGCCUGGGAGUGGGGAGGCUGCGGCGACGACGUGGACUUCGGGGACGAGAAGUCGAGGCUCUUUAUGGACGCGCGGCACAAGCGGGGACGCGGAGACAUCCGCGCGUUGGUGCAACUGCACAACAACGAGGCGGGCCGGCUGGCCGUGCGGAGCCACACGCGCACCGAAUGCAAAUGCCACGGGCUGUCGGGCUCGUGCGCGCUGCGAACCUGCUGGCAGAAGCUGCCCCCGUUUCGCGAAGUGGGCGCGCGGCUGCUGGAGCGCUUCCACGGCGCCUCACGCGUCAUGGGCACUAACGACGGCAAGGCCCUACUGCCCGCCGUCCGCACGCUCAAGCCGCCGGGCCGAGCGGACCUCCUCUACGCCGCUGAUUCGCCCGACUUCUGCGCCCCCAACCGACGCACCGGCUCCCCCGGCACUCGCGGCCGCGCCUGCAAUAGCAGCGCCCCGGACCUCAGUGGCUGCGACCUGCUGUGCUGCGGCCGCGGGCACCGCCAGGAGAGCGUGCAGCUCGAAGAGAACUGCCUGUGCCGUUUCCACUGGUGCUGCGUAGUGCAGUGCCACCGCUGCCGUGUGCGCAAGGAGCUCAGCCUCUGCCUCUGACCCGCCGCCCGGCACCUAGACUGACUUCGCGCAGCGGUGGCUCGCACCUCCGGGACCUCAGGGCACCGGCACCGGGCGCCGCUUGAGCCCAGCCUCUCCCUGCCAAAGCCCAACUCCCAUGCCUCUGGAAAUGGUGAGGCGACGGACUUGAGAGGAACACCCACCUACGAAGGCCCAGGGCGCCGGACGGCCCCGAAAAGGCACUCCGGGAGCGUUUAAAGGACACUGCACAGGCCCUCCCUACCCUUGGCCUCUAGGAGGAAACCAACAAGUCAGUCUAAAGGCCUCUGGAUACUGGGCUCCCCAGAACUGCUGGCCACGGGAUGGUGGGUGAGGGCCUGGAUCUGCAAGCCGGAGAAGAACUAGCAAUUCCUCUUUAAAGGGACAGGGGCAUCAGAAGCUUCCGAUGGUAUGCUCAGCUCUCAAACUCGUCCUUGUCUUAAUUUUUAGGGGAUUGUGUCUGUUUCUGUGACUCCUGGGGAAUUUCUGGGUAAACUUUUGGGGAUACCUAAGCCCAUGGGAUUAAAGCACUUUAUAAACUGUAGAAUGUGAUGAACACAUGUUAUUAGCUCCACCAGGUUUUGUUACCAUCAAAACUAACUUCACCCCCAUUCACAUUGAAAAGACUGCCCAGAACAGCAUUUCUAAUCACACUUAGAGGGAGAGGAAGCAAGUUUGUCCCAACAUUUCUCUUGGCACCCAGUAAUAUUUCCUUCCUUCUGGUUCCUCUUGGGAAGCUGAUGGUGAAA